AUGGGGUGCGCCCAAUCGAGAAUCGACAAUGAGGAAUCGGUGACGAGAUGCAAGGAGAGGAGAAACCUAAUGAGGGAAGCGGUGGUGGCCAGAAACGCCUUCGCGGCGGGCCAUUCCGGCUACGUCAUGGCCCUCAAGAACACCGGCGCCGCCUUAAGCGAUUACGGCCACGGAGAAUCGCUCCCAAAUCAAGAACAGCUCCUCCUCCAUCACCACCACCACCAGCCGCUCCUCUCCACCGCCACCGAGCCUCCGCCGCCUCCUCCGCCGCCGCUUGAAACCCUCCCGCUGCCGCCUCCGCCGCUUCCGACUUUCACUCCCAGCCCUCCGAUCAAGCGCGCCGCGAGCCUGCCGACGAUGCCGACGGAGGCUCGGAAGACGAGGAUGCAGGGGUCUAGGUUGGCCAUUGCUGAAGGGGACGAGGAUGAGGAAGAAGAGGACCAUGAGGAAGGGUUUCGCCGGAGAUCGAGAAAUGUGGCCGGGGAAAUGGGCGCGGCGGCGACGGCGACGGCGACGGGGUCGUCUUCGCCGCAGACGCCGGAGAUGAAGGCGGUGCCGCCGCCGAUGCCGGAGCCCAAGGGCGGCGCUUGGGACUAUUUCUUCAUGGUGAACGAAAUGGCAGGGCAUACAUUGAGUGAGAAUGAAGGUGAAGAGUUUGGUGAAGAUGAGAAUGUGGAGGAUUUGGGUGGUGAGGAUGAGCAGGAGCCCAAGACUCCGGAGAAAACGGAGGAGAUUCAGAUGAAGGCGGACGAGAUUGCCGUGUCUCCGGUGACUCCGGCGACAAUUGAGCAUUCGAAGACAGCUCCCCCAGAUUUUCAGAGGAUGGUGAUGCCCGGUUUCACUUUGAUGGACAUAGUGAAUCAGAUUGAUGAUCAUUUCUUAAAGGCCUCCGAGAGUGCUCAGGAGGUUUCCAAGAUGCUCGAGGCCACUCGGUUGCAUUAUCACUCGAAUUUCGCAGAUAAUCGAGGACACAUUGAUCAUUCUCAACGAGUCAUGCGUGUUAUUACAUGGAAUAGAUCCUUCAGAGGCUUACCAAAUGGUGAUGGAGCAAAGGAGGAAGACCCAGAUGAUUAUGAAACUCAUGCCACUGUUUUGGACAAGUUGUUAGCAUGGGAGAAGAAACUUUAUGAUGAAGUGAAGCAAGGGGAGCUUAUGAAAGUUGAGUAUCAGAGAAAGGUAGCUCUACUAAACAAGCAGAAAAAACGCAAUGCUAGUGCUGAAACCUUGGAGAAAACGAAAGCAGCUGUAAGUCACUUGCAUACAAGAUAUAUUGUUGACAUGCAGUCCAUGGACUCUACAGUUUCAGAAGUAAAUCAAAUACGGGAUGAGCAGCUGUACCCUAAACUUGUUUCUCUAGCUGAUGCGAUGGGAAAAAUGUGGGAAAAUAUGGGUGCGCAUCAUAGCAGUCAGCUGACGAUUGUUACAGACCUGAAAGCCCUUGACAUUUCUCAUACUCCGAUGGAAACAACCAAGCACCACCAUGAACGCACUGAACAGCUAUUCAAUGUUGUCCAACAUUGGCAUUCCGAAUUUGAAAAGCUUGUACUUCAUCAGAAACAAUACAUCCAAGCUUUGAACAGCUGGUUGAAGUUGAAUCUGAUUCCUAUUGAAAGCAGCUUAAAAGAGAAAAUAUCAUCUCCUCCAAGAGUUCAGCGUCCCCCGAUUCAACCGCUUCUUCUUGCAUGGCAUGAUUUUCUUGAGAAGCUUCCCGAUGAACUUGCAAAAUCGGCAACAUCAUCCUUUGCAGCUGUGAUAAAGACUAUACUACUUCAUCAGGAAGAAGAGAUGAAGCUAAAAGAGCAAUUCGAGAAUACAAGGAAGGAAUUCUUGCGUAAAAAUCAGGCAUUUGAUGACUGGUACCAGAAGUACAUGCAGCGUCAUGGGCCUGGUGAAGCGGAUCAGGAGAGAAGCGAAGAUGCAAAUCACAAGGAUCCUAUUGCAGAGAGGCAAUUUGCUGUUGAGAGCUUGAAGAAGAAAAUGGAAGAGGAAGCUGAAGCACACCAGAGACAUUGUAUCCAGGUCAGAGAGAAGUCACUCGGGAGUCUCAAAACUCGCUUGCCUGAGCUCUUCCGUGCUAUGUCAGACUAUGCUCACGCAUGUGCUGAUGCUUACGGAAAACUUAAAUCUGUCACGAUGCCACAAGCUUCAAAUGGUAACUCUCAUGUGUAA